AUGGUGAUUAUCUUGCUCGUGCUACUAACGCUUAGUAGCCCAGUUCUUACCAAUCCAACACCGGAACCGUCCUGGAAAUCGGAAAUGGAACGUGAACUUGCACCGGAUGGACUGUUGGUUCGUUUGGACCGUUUGGUGAACGUUUGUGUGGCAAACUAUGAAGAUCUUACCACCGAUUUACUACUCGGCAUAGCGAUCGCCAAUGCACAAUUGAAGACCAUCUUGAAGCAACCGCUUCAGGCACAGCAGCGCCAGUUUGUGGAAUCGUUGGCGAAGAAGUGUGAUUUUGUUGAAAGUCGUAUCGAGAGUAUCUUUAGCUUCCCGAGUGGUGCUAAUGCAGUUGUAUCUAAACUGUUGAUAGAUUCGGAGUUCUGGCAGUCCAAAGGCGAUGCUAAUGUGGCCAGUCCGGAUCUGCUAGGAAAUAUACGAAGUAGACGACGUCGCAGUCAAAUGUUGAUGGAUGAUCCGCAAGUCAUGAUGGAGAGCUAUCUGGAAGCGAUCGAUGCCGGAGGACCUAGUGAGCUACAAUCAGACGAAUGUUUAUCGGAGCUUCUAGUCAACGAGUCGGAAAAUGAGUUCAACACCACCACUAAUCCGAAAACCGGACCACCACCACCAACUGCUCACCGUCUCAUCCUUAGCCGUGAGUGUAGUGCCGCAAUGUCACUACGCAAACGAUCCUACGGUUACCAUCUAACGCACAAAUUGCUCUUCUACAUCGUACUCGGUCGGCAGCGGUUUGCGAAUGUGGAUCGUAGCUUCGUCGCCGAUGGGCAGCGUACCCUAUGCGAGCAGAUACUGCGCGAAUCGGAACUGAUUGCUGGAUUUGAUUAUCCGGAUCUAUUUCGAGACCUGUUCAUGGAGCAGGUGUUUCUGUGCGCGUUCAGUGAUGCACCGGUGAUGGUGGAGUUUACUAAUCCGGCCUGGUUGGCGGCGAUCUUCAGCUGGCAGAAUGGUGAAGGAUGCUUCAAGUACUAUGCGGACGAGGGUGAUGGUGUGGUUGGUCCUAAUGCGCUAACCACACACUGUUCCACACACAUGACGGGUGUGGGAGCGGCACUGUUGGGACUGUUUGCAAGGCUUCAGAUGGUAGGCCAGUGA